ACAAUAUUUUUUGCGCGAAAUGUGAGAAUAACUUUCUUAUAGCUGCGGGUUAAAAAACGGAAAAAGUGGUAAAGUGCAGUAAAGUCAUCUUUUCAUUUUGACCGACCUUAUCAGCGCGUAAAAAUGGACGAAUAUGAUGAAAUGUACGGUAUAGAAGAUGACUUUGAAAGUCAGUUUGCAGACGAAUUGGAAGUGUUGGCGGAUAUGGACACUGACUUUCGUCCCCUUCCAAAGAAGUCAGAACGCAGGACCAGGGUCUCAACCUCCUUUGAGGAAGCCCUCGCCUCUGGGGACAUGGUCCCGAGAACUCAGCAUGCUGUUACGUCACAGAAAGCUUCUCCCGAUGUCCUGGAGACAUUGAACAAAUGUGACAGUAGCUUACUUUCCAAGGUGUCGGAGAACGACUACCUGGAGAAUUUGUUGACCAGCGAGGACUCUUUGACUCCUAAGGCUAAAAGGCAGAGGCAGGACGUGGUCAAAAAACUAAAGUUUGAUUCUGCAGACGAUGGGAAGGAAAUCACCCCUCCCUCAUCCCCGGAAGAGUAUCCAUCGGAGAGCAGAAGCCAAAAUUCCGGUGGAGACAGCAGUGCUCCGGCAGUGACGCCCAACGCUCUGGACAUCAGCGGUCUGGAGGUCCUGCAGGCCACCCCCCAGAGGGCAAUCAUGGCGGCACAGCACAUCCUCCACAGGCCGCCCCCAAUGGGCGACUUCAUCUCCGUCACGGGCUCCUCCGGUGACCGAGUGUACCUGGCGAAGAGGGAGGACGAGGAUGCGGGGAGGGCGUCGGAUGCCCUGGCAUUCCGGAGGUCUCAGUAUAGCCUGGGGCUGCUGUCGGUGCCCAUUGAGGUUCUGAAGGAGCAAGUAGCAGAAAGGCGACAUCAGCAGUUGGUGCAGGAGUCUCAGCGCCUGACCGAAAUGCUGAACAGUCAGGUAGAUCGGGAGUUUGGGGAAAUGGACGCUGAGGAGCCUGCUGAGGGAGAGGGGAUACAAGAUGAAGGUGGCAAGGAUGCAGCGUCGCGGCUUUGGGUGGACAAGUACUCACCUGCGCACUACACUGAGCUGCUGAGCGACGACUUCACCAACCGCUGCUUGCUGAAGUGGCUGAAGCUGUGGGACAUGGUUGUGUUUGGCCGGGAGAAGUCCACCCCGAAGCCCAGACCCACCCACACAGACAGCCGGACACAGAAGGACCAGCAAGCCUCCCGGUUCAAGACUAAGACGCAGAUGACGGAGGAGAUUCUGGAGGCCGAACUGGACCAGUAUCACCGCCCCAAAUACAAGGUGGCGCUGCUGUCAGGACCCCCUGGCCUGGGGAAGACCACUCUGGCACACGUUAUUGCAAGGCAUGCUGGGUACAACGUGGUGGAGAUGAAUGCUAGCGAUGAUCGCAGCGCCGAGCUCUUCCAGAAACGAAUCGACACGGCCACACAGAUGAAGUCUGUGCUGGGGGCCAAUGAGAAACCCAACUGCCUGGUGAUCGACGAGAUCGACGGCGCCCCCUCUGCUGCUAUCAACGUGCUCCUGGCCAUCCUGAACCGAAAGGAGACCCGGGACACGGAACCAGUGGCUGGUGGUGGCGUCUCAAGUGCACUCAAGAAGAAGAAGAAGGAGUCUAUUCUAAUGAGGCCCAUUAUCUGCAUCUGCAAUGACCUGUACGUUCCCGCUCUCCGGCAGCUUCGGCAGCAAGCCUUCCUCCUGAGCUUCCCCCUGACGCAGCCCUCGCGGCUGGUCCAGAGGCUGGUUGAGAUCUCCAGGCGUCAGGGCAUGAGGGUGGACACGGGGGCACUGCUGGCCCUGUGUGAGAAGACUGAAAAUGACAUUCGCUCCUGCAUCAACACCCUGCAGUUCCUUCACGGCCGAGGUCAGCGGCAGCUGGACCAGCGGACUGUGCAGUCCGUCCAGGUGGGCCUGAAGGACCAGAACAAGGGGCUGUUCUCCAUGUGGCAGGAGAUCUUCCAGCUGCCCAGGACCAAAAGGAAGCGGGUUAGUGAAGAUCUAUUUGCUGUGGUGCCGGACGGUGGGCUGGGCAGCGCGGGGGCCCAGAGGCUGCAGCACAUCCUGCACCUGGCCACGUCCUGCGGAGAGCACGAGAAGCUCACAAACGGACUCUAUGAUAACUUCCUGAGCAUGAAGCUGAAGGACUCUAGCCUGCAGGCCGUCUGCAUGGCCCUUGACUGGCUCGCCUUCUCCGACCUCCUGGGCGAGGCUGUCAUGCACAACCAGAACUUCUCGCUCUGGCGCUACCUGCCCUUCCUGCCUGCCGCCUUCCAUCUGCUGUUCGCCGCCACCAGCGUGCCGCGCAUCAACUACCCCAACAGCCACUAUGAGGCGGUGACCCGGAUGCAGCACACCCGCAAUGCCCUGGCGGCCAUGUUGGCUGAGGUGCCCCCGUCCAUCCGCAGCCGGGUGGGGCCUCGCUCCCUGUCCCUGGAGGUGCUCAGUCUCCUGCUGGAGGUCGUCUGCCCCAAGCUGCGCCCGGUGAACCCCCAGCUGUACAGCAGCCGCGAGAAGCAGCAGCUGGUGGAGCUCAUCGACACCAUGCUGUGCUAUAACCUGACGUACCGACAGGACCGCACCCCCGAGGGGCAAUACCGCUACCUGCUGGAGCCGAAUGUGGAGGAUGCCGUGCGAUUCCCAGGCCUGCCUCCCCGCCGGCAGCUUACGUACCAAGCUAAGCAGAUGAUCGCUAGGGAGCUGGAGCUGGAGAAGAUGAGGAGGGCUGAAGCUGUCCUGCUGGCACGCAACCCGCUGCCGAACAAGGAGGAGGAAGAAGGCAAGACUAAGUCGAAGGCCGACCCCAAGAGCAGAGAGAAGUGCCUGCCCAUGGAGAACCACCGGCAGAGGCUGGAGACCAUCGUGAAGCAGAGCGUGGUGGAGAGCAAGCCCGAGGUCGACUUCUUUGGCCGCGCCAUCGUGCCGAGGGUGAAGCCAGAGCCCACUGCAGCCUCAGCGAGGGGAGAGAAGACAACGGUGGAGCUGCUGAUGGGGAAGGCCGUGGGGAACAGUGACGUCUGGUUCCGCUUCAACGAGGGUGUGUCCAACGCCGUACGGCGCAAUGUCUACAUCAAAGACCUGCUGUGAGGCUGACCCCCCCUCUCCCAGUCCCCCGCCUCUGGCCACCCUGCCCUUAAUUUCUCUGGCAUAAUUAACCAGACUGCAAGUGUUCUCAGUUCCCUCCGCUCCCAUUCUGUCCAUCAGUCAGAUGUUAAUGUGCACAUUUUCUCUCGAACCUGCAGGACUGGGGUGUGACUGUCACUGCCCCGUAAUCCAUGCUGUCCAUAUUAACCCUGUACACGGGAUUCGCUGUGGUGGGAGGGAGGGGGUCGUUCUUGUUAUGAUGUUCUGUGUUUGUCUUCAGUACGCAUGAUCUCUCACUCAAACAACAGGCAUUAGAUUGUCUUAAAAAUCCUCUACUUUUA